AUGGGCUUAAGGCCUAAAUUUGUAAUAAAACUUCAGAUCUCGAGAUCAACACUACGACAAAAGAAUGUCCCAAAGCCGAAGAUCAAUGCUAAGACUGACCCAGAACCCGAGAUCAAUACAACGACAAAAGACCUACUGAACCCGAGGUCUACAGUACAACAGAAGACUGUCACAGAGUCAAAGAUCAACACAACGACAAAAGACCUACUGAACCCGAGGUCUACAGAUACUUCCACUAAACCCGUGAUCAACACUGCGACAGACGACUGUCUCACAAGUAGAUCAACACAAGGACAGAAUACUUCCACUGAACCCGUGAUCAACAGUGCGAUAGACGACUGUCUCACAAGUAGAUCAACACAAGGACAGAAUACUUCCACUGAACCCGUGAUCAACAGUGCGAUAGACGACUGUCUCACAAGUAGAUCAACACAGCGACAUAAUACUUCCACUGAACCCGUGAUCAACAGUGCGAUAGACGACUGUCUCAGAAGUAGAUCAACACAGCGACAGAAUACUUCCACUAAAUCCGUGAUCAACAGUGCGAUAGACGACUGUCUCAGAAUGCGACAUACGACUGUCUCAGAAGUAUCAACACAGCGACAGAAUACUUCCACUGAACCCGUGAUCAACAGUGUGAUAGACGACUGUCUCAGAAGUAGAUCAACACAAGGACAGAAUACUUCCACUAAACCCGUGAUCAACAGUGCGACAUACGACUGUCUCACAAGUAGAUCAACACAGCGACAGAAUACUUCCACUGAACCCGUGAUCAACAGUGUGAUAGACGACUGUCUCAGAAGUAGAUCAACACAGCGACAGAAUACUUCCACUGAACCCGUGAUCAACAGUGUGAUAGACGACUGUCUCAGAAGUAGAUCAACACAAGGACAGAAUACUUCCACUGAACCCGUGAUCAACAGUGUGAUAGACGACUGUCUCAGAAGUAGAUCAACACAGCGACAGAAUACUUCCACUGAACCCGUGAUCAACAGUGUGAUAGACGACUGUCUCAGAAGUAGAUCAACACAGCGACAGAAUACUUCCACUGAACCCGUGAUCAACAGUGUGAUAGACGACUGUCAAAGAUAUUGA